AUAAUGACCUCUCAUGUGGCACAGUUCAGUCAACGACACCAGAUAAGAAGGCCACAGAAAUCCCUUGGUUUCAGCAUUUUAUGUUCACUGAAUCAAAAUAAACAAAAUGCCAUCAAACUGGAAGAGGCCAGCUGAUGUUGCAUUUCCUCAAGUUUGGGCUAGGUGUGAAGGCAAAACAACUUUAGCGGAUGGUUCUAAGCUUGUCUACAGAAUACAGGAUGCCACUCCUGAAAUGCAUGAAGAAAUUGUUGACAGACUCAUGAUGGUAUACUUUGUCCGAGAUGAGGAUAUUUGCAAGACAAUUAAUUUAAUGGCAGAUAAAACAUCUAUGGAAGACACUAGAAUAAUGUGGAAGGAAUCACUACAGCAGAAUGUUGGUCUUGUAGCUAUAAGAGAAUAUCCAGAUGGUCAAGAAGAAAUCAUUGGGACCAAUAUAACGUGUGUUGUCAGCAAAGGAGAGAAAUCAAAUCCUGAUGAGGUGAAAGGCGAGGCAAUGAGAAAAAUUUGGCGUAUGUUGAUGGAAGAUCUACCAAAGCAACUUGAUGUAUUUGAGCAUUAUGGGGUGGACCACUACAUGAGUGCUGUGGGACUAACUGUAUUACCAAAAUACAGAGGACAAAAUGUGGGACUUGAGAUUUUACGUGCUCGAUUUCAACUUGUGAAAGGUGUUGGACUGAAAGCAACAGCAACAGCUUUCACUGCCAUGGCCUCUCAAAAACAAGCACAGCGUGCAGGCUAUGAGUUGUUGACUGAAAUGGUAUACAAUGAUUACAAGGUAGAUGGAAAAGUUGUCUUCCCAGGGAUGACCACACCAUCAGUGAAAUAUAUGGGCAAAUACAUACCUUGAUGAGCAGAACAUAAACCGUAAUGGUCUUUCAGAAACAAAGUAGCAGAGAAAGUGUGCUAGAUAAAAUAACAUUGGUAAUUUGUAUUAAACUGACAAAUUUGUAUCAUUGUAAGCUACAUAAGUUCAGAGUAAUAUUUCACUUUGCAGCUUGUAAAAAUUUCUGCCAAAGUAAUAAAUUACAAGGGGGUUCCCUAAGUUUCAGAUAAAACACAAGCAUGUAACAUUUAUACAGUUUUUCAAUAAACAAUGAAAGCACUCUCUCAGUUCACUAA